AUAUCUGUUUAACUAAUGUCAGUGACAUAAUGUUAGACAUUCUAUUCCUAGGAGAAGGUAUAAAUACCUAGAUAUGUAGCUACUUCCCAACUUUCAAAUCCAAGGAUAGGAUCAAGCUCUACUAUCACUCUUAUUCCUACUCGCAAACAAGCUCUCAAACAUGAAGGUUACACUCUUCGCCCUCAGCCUUCUAUCAGCUAUUGGCUUAGCAGCGGCUUCGCCAGUUGCUGAGAUCGACUUGGCUGAGAGAAAAGCAUGUACUUACGGUAUUGGGGAGAUUUUUGAGAAUGUGAGCUGCGGCGUCGUGGAGGCGAAUCCCUGUGUCGACCCCUUCACCGGCAAGUGUGAUUACCCGUUGGGAUGUAUGUGCGUGGACGACUCUACAUGCUGCUAUGGUCUGGCAUAUGUUACUCAGAUACUACACACUCCUACUGGUACGAACUGCUUGAUGGCUUGUGCAGCAUAUAUUAUCCCACCUUGAGCGGUUAUACAAUAUCCAUCGUCGAAUUUGGCUCUUUGUCAAAAGUAGUUCCUCAAAACCAAUUUAUUAUAACGAAAAAAUAGGACUGAUGUUGACAAGACUAUUUUUGAGGAAUGUGUGGUUAGAACUAUUACUCUGAUUCAUAGUCGAGUUUUCGGCGGUUGGCUAGGUCUUGAUUGAGGUUUUUUCCAUAAAGUUACUUGUAUAGUAGUUCUUCAUGGUUUUCCUCAGUUCUAGUGCAAAUGCAAAGGCUAAAAAAUUGAUCAUCAG